ACAGCAAACCUACCUACAUUACAUACACCUCCAAAGUCCAAACUUAGUAUAAAUCUAUCCCAUAUUCCCAAACUAAGUAUAAAUCUAUCCCAUAUAUUGUAUUUUGUCUUCUUACGAGGAGUUUCCCACUGCAUUCGACGAGUGAACUAAUCUCUUGCAAAAGUCUGUAUGAGUAUUUUAAAGGGCAACAUUUUUUCUACGUUAGGAUUUUUUCGUAUCCAAAACUCGAACCCGAGACCUUGAUUAAGAAGCGAAAGACCCUUAAUUACUCAUGCCAAACCCAAUAUAUAUAUAUAUAUAUAUAUGCCUUCCUACCAUCUUAUCAACUCCUUUUCACUCAAAAAAAUAUGCCAAGUGGAACUCCUAUAUCAAGUCACCCAAGCAGUACUAGUAGCUCCACUACUUACUCCUUUGAGGAGUUCCUCCGAGGAUGGGGCCACCGCCUUGAACUACUCUCCGCCGAGAUUGCCGCCGUCGUCGAAACGAAACUUGGCGAUGAAAACCAGAUUCAGGAGUUAGAAGCUAGGCAACUCAUAGCACGUGCUCUCGGUCAUUUUGAAGAGUACUAUGAACACAAGUCACGUGCUGUUUAUCUUGAUGGUUAUUCUCUCUUCUCACCUACUUGGUGCUCUUCACUUGAAUUUUCCUUCCUUUGGGUCGCUGGCUUUCGUCCUCGUGUUCUUCUUCAUCUUGUUGCUGACUCCGUUAGGGACUUGACCCCUGACCAGACUCGAGCUCUUGACAGGUUGAAAAGAGAGACAAGGAAAAACGAAAAGAUGGUGGAAGACGAGUUAGCAAGGAUACAAGAGACUAUAGGAGCACCACCUCUAAUGGAUGCUAUAAGAGAGGCUGCAUGGCUAACCGACAGACAGUCAUUUGAGGCGACGAGCGAGCCGAUACUGCAGUUGAGGGAGGCUCUCAAAGCGGUGAUAGCCAAUGCUGACACCUUGAGGGUGACAACAGGAGCAAAAGUAGCCGAGAUACUGAACCCAAUUCAAUGUUUGAGGUUCUUGGUUGCUGCUUUCAAACUGCUGCAAGGAAUGAAGAGUUGUGGAAUAGAAAGAGAUAAUCUUGCUGGAAGAGAUUCACAACGUAACACAUAGGUUUGAUGUGGGCAUCAAAAUAAAAAUAGAAUUAGAACCAAAAAAAUCAUGCAGCAUGACAUCUAUGUCCGUUACAAUAUAUAUAUAUGUAUGAUAGAGCUUGAAAAAGAAUAAGUGUUAGUGCAUAACAAUUAUACUCAUAGAAUGUAAGAAAAUGAUCAGAAUGCAUGUUUUUCCACCGAUUGCAAUUACCAAAUCAUUGGAAUUAUGAGCAAAAGGGUCACUCUGAUCAUUUUACUUACUUAUUGUUAUGUGCAUAAUUGUUAUGCAUUUAGACCAACCCCUGAGGAAUUUGAGGGGGCAAGGAGGGUGUGUAUGAUAUAUUAUCACUAAGGUUUUAUGGUUGAGCCUUUGUGAGGCUUAUGUGCUACUAUAUGUUUUAUGAUUGGUUGGUGUCUUUUUUGAACCUACCUUUGAGAAUUCAAGGGUUUUUGUAACAUUUAUAAUCUAUAUCUUGAAUGUUGGUUGAUCA